AUGAACGAAGCAGGCUCCAUAGUUCAAGACAACAGUGUGGACAACGGAGAAGGAACUGUCGCAGAAAGAAUCGGCCAAUGGGAGACGUUACCUCUCAAAGAUAGAGUCACCCAGCUGUUCCAGCUCUUUGACAGACUUCCAAACGACAACGACGCGUACAUCUGCGAACUUUAUACCAUCGUCCGCUUGCUUCAAGCGCCUGACACCACGGCACGGUUGCAUGGCACCAGCCACCUCAAAGACUUAUACACCGACUGGGCGAAUAACACCAUGUUUUCUGCGAAAUGGGAACGGGAAUUGGAACAUAACGGUCGACCGUUUACGAUCCCCUAUGGCCACCUCGUCUGGAGAUCUCCUGCGUCGCAAACGGUCAAACAAGACAUAAUCGCCCGCCAACUCAUGCGACAGUGCAAGGAAUACGACGACGCUGCAAAAGCCCAGCGCUUCAUCCACAUGGAUAUCGAAGCUGAGGAACGGGAUAUCCUUCACGGAUUCCCAGGCCGUCACCCUCAUCAGAAGUGGUCACAAACCCAACGCCUCAAACAGAUAAAAUCGGAUAUGCACAACUUGGAAUCUUCCAUCGAUGGCAUUGUUCAUGGCAAUGACAGUAAAAUGAGCCUUGUCAUACCGCUCCUCAUCGCUCACGCCACCACGAACUUCGGUUCCCCUAAGUGGGAUCAAUAUUCUCGUUAUUGGCUACAAUGGGUUUGGGGCGACCAGGGAUUGAAGAAAACACUGGAAGAUCGCAGCCCGAUUGACCACAUCCUCGAGAUCCGCAAGGCGGCUGCCGCCGCGACUCUGUUAUUCGAAACCGCUGUUACGAGCUGGAUCAAGAACAACUACUUUAACAAGGACGAGGCAGAGCUGUUGCCGAGAUACUACGUUUUAUUGCGGUGCCACCAUCUGCACACCAACAAUCUAUCUGAUUAUCUUGAAUUCUUCGAGGGCUGCGACGAUCCCGAUGUGCGCCGCAUGGAGGCUAAAUGGAAUGACUCUCCCCCAUCAUUGCCCAACUAUCGCUCCAAGGUGCGCCAGAUUCUCAUGGAUUGGCGAGAGGACGUAGGGUCGUCACCUGUCCCGCCCCGUGCACCUGUCGAACCGGUGGCCUCAGGUCUCCAGCCCAAACCGAAGAGUCGCAUUCCCGUAGCCAUUGGUCGAGCCGGGACACCACCGAAACACACGCCGCCUCCGACGCCAUCCAAGCCGUCGUCCAGCGGUGAAAGUGGCACCGGCUUGCCGCAGAGGGACAGCUUCAAUUUCGCCCAGUACACCACUGCUCCCGUUCAAGGGAUGGCCUCGUUUGUCAUCGGUAAUCAGUACUUCAUCAGCUUUGCCUCUGGACCAUCCGUAGUUUAG